CAUUGUUUACCUUUAAACUUGUUCUUCUUUGCUUCAAAUACUUUGAGAUAGUUUCUAUAAACCCACUGGUUCCGUGUUUACUGGAAGGCUGAUCUAAGUCUGCAUCACUUUGCAGGGGAACUGCCCCGGUCUUUGAUUGGUGGACAACGUGCCACGUGAUCGUUUCUUUACUAUCAUGAUCCGCGCUUGAUUUGAGUAGACAGUCAGUUUACGAGGCGGCACAGCGCACCAAGGGUUCCGCAGAGGUACGUUUCCCGUUUCUGUCUGCGUUUCUGCUCGUCUACAUGAGUAGACUGAACGGUAACUCAGGCUCUGGAUUGCAUCACUCUUGACCUCCGUGUCACGGUUUCAUCUGCAGCUGCUUGGACUUCCUGCUGAAAGGAGGUUUUGAAGACAAAAAGGAGCUUUUUCGAAUACUCAUGGCCCUCAGCACUUUUGACAUCGACGCUCAACGAUGGGAUCAGUCUACGUUCAUGGGCAGACUGAAGCACUUCUUCAAUAUCACAGACUGCAGAACUGCGCUUUUACCAGACUCAAAGCUGGAUGAAGCCAAAGCUUUAGUAGAAAGCUGCAGGGCGGGGUCCGUUCCUCCAGGUACCACCGAGGAGCAGCUCCACUACGCAAAGAAGCUUUAUGACUCGGCUUUCCAUCCAGACACGGGAGACCGCAUGAACCUUAUCGGACGCAUGUCCUUCCAGGUCCCUGGAGGCAUGGCUAUCACCGGCUUCAUGCUCCAGUUCUAUAGAACAGUUCCUGCUGUGGUGUUCUGGCAGUGGGUGAACCAGUCCUUCAACGCUCUGGUCAACUACACCAACCGCAACGCUGCGUCCCCCAUCACUCCAAAGCAGAUUGGAGUUGCCUACAUCACGGCAACCAGCACAGCGUUAGCAACAGCAGUCGGACUCAACCUCUACACAAAGAAAGCUCCACCUCUUGUGGCUCGCUGGGUCCCCUUUGCAGCUGUGGCUGCAGCCAACUGUGUUAACAUUCCCAUGAUGAGACAGCAGGAGAUUCUGAACGGUAUUGCUGUCACAGAUGAAAACGGCAACAAACUAGGACACUCCAAUAAAGCAGCUGUCAAAGGAAUCACACAAGUCGUCAUUUCUCGGAUCACCAUGGCAGCACCAGGAAUGAUCAUCCUCCCCAUAAUCAUGGAACGGAUGGAAAAGUACAAGUUCAUGCAGCGAAUCACAUUUCUCCACGGACCGAUUCAAGUCAUGAUGGUUGGAGUGUUUCUGGUCUUCAUGGUGCCUGCAGCCUGCUCGCUGUUCCCUCAGAGAUGUUCUAUGGCCGUGUCAAAGCUGGAGCCUGAGCUGAGAGACUCCAUCAUUUCCCAAUAUGGAGACAGCAUCAAGCAGGUCUACUUCAAUAAAGGCCUCUAAAACCAAGGAUGCUUGAUUUAGUCCAGAAACACGUUUGAACAACAUGUAUUAACUUUCAAACUAAUCUUCAAAAUAAAAAUGCUUUUUUUUAUUACUGUAGACCAAGAAGAAAACAUUUGAUUUGUCUUUUUUUUUUUAAAUCCAACUAUGCUUCUUUAUUUUUUUUAGAUCUCACAAAGAAAAAUCUCCUAAUUUUACUACCAUUCAGAAAUUACGUGAUCUUCCUCAGGAACCGUAUGUGACUUUGCCAGAUUAAAUCUAUUAUGUCGUCUUGUGGAUGGAAUUUGUUGCUGUUUUUAUUGGCUGUGUAUUGGAAACGCACUUUCCAAGCGCUACCUGUGCCUUUUCCAAAUAUGAAUCAUAACUAUGUGCUUACUUUUUUGUUUUCACUGGUAUCAGCUUUAUUCUUUUUGGUUCAGGAACAACUGAGGAUCUUUAGGAGCUUUUAUGUAGGAGCUAGUUAUUCAGUGUGGUGCUGCUGCCAUCUUCUGCCUGGAUACUGGCAGAUGGAAGAUGUUUGUCUGAGGUGAUUGCCAGUCAGGGGGGUUCACUGUGAAAAUCAUAACUGGGAAUUUAAUUAGGAAAAAUGAAAUUGCUUUUUUUUUUUUUUUCUUUUUACAAAAUAAAAAUGAUUUCUUGUAUGCUUCUGAAAAAUGAGUUCAGAACAGGCAUGUUUGUCUUUAAAGGGCUCUAAUAAAAACAAAAAUGGAAAUCUU